AUGCGGACAAACAUCGACAAAGAGAUCGAGGCUAUCGACCUAGAUCAACUUUUUGACCAAACCGUUGAGACAGGCUUGUUUCAGCAGUAUAGCGAUGCUACCACGGCCCCUUCCAGCUCCGACGAUUUGUCGUAUCUCUUCGAAGAGCCUUCCUCGAACGGGAGUAACCCGUGCGACACGACAGCCUUGCCCAGUUGGGGCACUCCGAAUGAGGGCGAUGCUUGGCAUAAGGCUAUCCAUCGACUUGGGGAACAAAACGUAGCCUCGCCCCUCAUUGAUAACGAUUCUUCCUCAGUAUACCCUCACAGCGACGGCAAGGCUAGCUUGAGCGAUCCAAUAUUGUCCAGUUUUGAGGAAUUGUUCAUCUUGGACCAUCUCGAUUCACGGCCUGCUUCUCAGCCUUCCUCACCAAAAGUGCAAGUUGAGAAGCCUACUCGGAAGGCUAGGUCUAGUCCGGACCGAUCAAUCCGUGACCGUCACGGAGUUCAUAAGACUGCUCACAAAAAGUCCGCGAGUGCGGGCAAUACCGUCAGAAUGAUGCGGCCUUCGACCUACCGCGCAGGCUUCCAGGACAUCUGGACUCGCAAACUGGACACUGCGGCCGAGGCUUUCAAUCUACAUAUGCCAACAAAUGGCAUCCAUUCGCCACCUCCAUCGACCAAGCUCAUCCAGGACGAACACUCGACCGGUUUCUUUCCUCGUGAACCUCAGCCUUACACCAUCGCCGUCUCUCCACUGGCAGGCGACGCGGGGUCUUCACCAGGUAUCCAUUCUGUGAACUACCAGCUCACCCCUCAACCUUCACCAGCCGUCGAUCAAAAUGGAAUGGCAAAUGCGUUUCAAUUUUCCAACGACGGGAUGGCCGGCGCGUACAUCACCAAUGCGGCUCUUUCAGCCUUGCACACCCCGCCCCCAUCAAAUCGGAUACCCGCUGGCGCCUGGAGCUCCGACAAGUCACCAAACGUAGACUUCGGUUCAUUUUCCUCAUCUCCGAAUUUUCAAAAUACCACGAAGACUACCGGCUGGUGGAGUGGACCUAACACACACUCCAUACCCGUCACCGGGCCCUCUACAACAUCUACCUACCAAAGCCCGCAGUCGCGCUCAGCUAGCCAAAACAUGGGAUUUGGCACAUCUCCCAGCUCAGUGACAGGACUGGGCAUCUCAUGCGACAGUGCGAGUUUUGGCGGGUAUGCACCAGAGAUGAACGACAGCCAAAAUGGUAUGCCUCAUGCAGCCUCGUCCUUCGAUAUGCCCCCCUACGCCGCUGUAUACCCUCCCACUCCAGGAAUUCCUAUCGGUCAUGGACCCGCCAACCCGCCAUCACGUUCACCUUCUCUCUCCCCACAACCACGCUUCACCAGACGCCGGCAUUCUUCUCACCCGCACAACCGCACCGCAUCCCGCCGCAAGUCUUCAGGAUCCAGCCAGCACUCCGCUCAAGCUAGUUCCCGGGGUAUAUCUUUGGGCGGUGGAUUCGUGAAUUUCACACCAGACGACAGCAGGAAGAUACUAACAGGCGUGGCACCGAGCGGGAGUUCCAAGACGAAAGCGCGACGGGAAAAAGAGGCCGCGGAGAAGAGGAGAAAGCUGAGCCAGGCGGCCGUGAAGGCAGUAAUGGAGGCGGGCGGAGAUUUGUGGAGGCUGGAGAAGGAGGGACUACUUGCGCUAGAGGGCUAG